AUGACUGAUACAAAGUUUAUAGCUGAAGGAGGAUCAUCACACAGGCCUCCUUACUUUAAUGGUUCUGACUACUACUACUGGAAAGGUAAGAUGAGAUUGUUUCUACUAUCUCAAGAUAACAACAUGUGCUAUGUGGUUGAAAAUGGAAACUACACUCCAAUGACUUCUGCAACAGACACAAUUGCGUCAGUUCCAAAAACUCAGUCACAAUGGACAAAAGAAGAAAACGACAAGGUACUACUAAACUCUAAAGCUCAAUUUAUAUUAUCAUGUGCUCUUAGCAGGGAAGAAUACGACCGGAUAGAGGAAUGCACAACUGCCAAAGAAAUCUGGGAUGCUCUCAAAAUACAUCAUAAAGGAACAAAUCAUGUUAAAGAAGAAAGAAUUGAUCUAGGAGUCAGGAAAUUUGAAACCUUCGAAAUGAAGGAAGAAGAAACCAUAGAUGAAAUGUUCUCCAGAUUCACUGUAAUUGUCAAUGAACUUAGAUCACUUGGUAAAGCUUAUACUGCUCAUGAAAGAAUCAGAAAAAUUCUAAGAUGUCUCCCAAAAAUUUGGAGACCUAUGGUAACAGCUAUAUCACAAGCAAAAGAUCUAAAGAUUCUACAAGUUGAAGAACUUAUAGAAUCUCUUCGUGCUCAUGAAGGUAUCCUCAAUGAAGAUAAACCACAAAGAAAAGGUAAAAUGAUAGCUCUUAAAACCUCUCAAAAUUCUGCAUCUAAAAUCACCACUUCACAAGGAACAACUGAAGAAGAUACCGGAUUUCUAUCUGAGGAUGAAAAUGAUCUGGCUUUAAUCUCUAGAAGAAUUCAACAAAUGAUUUUAAAAAGAAAUCAAAAUAGAAAAUCAUUUCAACCCAGGAAAGAAUACCAAAAACCUGAGAUUGAUAAAAGCAAGAUUACAUGCUAUGGAUGCAACAAACUUGGACACUUCAAAACAGAAUGUCCACUCAAAACUCAUAGGAACUUCUCCUCUAAAAAAUCCAUGCUUGCACAAUGGGAUGACUCAGAGAACUCUAACUCUGAAGCUGAAGAUGAGGAAGCCAACUUAUGCCUGAUGACUAACUCCGACUCUGAAGAGGUAGAACCAAAGAAUAUCAAUGAAGCAUUAAAAGAUGAAUCUUGGAUGGAAGCCAUGACAAAAGAAUUAUCUCAGUUUGAGAAAAGCCAAGUUUGGAAACUGGUUCCUUACCCUCAAGAUAAAACUAUUAUUGGUACAAGAUGGGUGUUCAGAAAUAAACUUGAUGAAAAUGGAAAAGUAACCAGAAACAAAGCUAGACUCGUAGCUCAAGGUUAUAAUCAACAAGAAGGUAUAGAUUAUGAUGAAACAUAUGCACCAGUGGCAAGUAGACCUGACAUUGUCUUUUUAGUAGGUCUUUGUGCACGUUUUCAAACUGACCCUAAGGAAUCACAUUUGACUGCUGUCAAACGCAUUUUUCGAUAUCUCGUUGGUACCACUGACAUUGGUCUAUGGUAUGAAAAAGGAAAUCACAUCAACUUAAUAGCUUACUGUGAUGCUGAUUAUGAUGGAGAUAAAAUAGAAAGAAAAAGUACAAGUGGAGCCUGCCAAUUUCUAGGACAAGCUCUUAUUACAUGGUCUUGCAGAAAGCAAAAUACAAUUGCUCUAUCAACAACUGAAGCAUAA